UUGUCGUAAUCAAAUCAAAUAUGGAAAUAUGUCAAAUGUCGAAUACAUAGUGCCAUAACAUUUGGUAAUUGUCGGGCCGUAUGAAAUCGUAAUGAACGGACCUAAACGUUCGUAUUCAAUUACAAAAAGCAACAUUGGUAGAUGUAACGGAAAGUUGAAAGAUAUACUUUCAUCUUCUCGAUAUAAAUCUGAAGGAAAAGUAAUAGAGGCUGAUUUAACAAAUAUACCUGUUAUAAAACAAACAGACAGUGCCCGGUUGUUGCCUAAAUAUACAACAAUUUUAGCAAAAUUGGGAGAGGAUGGAGUGUCCAUGGAUGAUUUGGAUCAACUCCAGCAAGAUUUGGAGAAAUUGUUGUCUACCAGUGCCGUUAGAAUUAGAUAUUUGCUUUCAGAAAUUGGAGAAAUUGAUAGAAACGAUGACAUCCAUGACAGAAAAGCCCAUGAUAAGACAUCUCUGAAGAGAAAACGACCCGACGAAAAACCAAAAUUUAAGGAUUUAAAGAAUGGAAUUAGGGUAGUUAAAAAAAAUUAUGGUUUACCCGUAAAUAAAUUUAUUAACGAUGUACAUUUACAUCAAGACAUACCAAAAGUUACAUUACCUGAAAAUGAUAAUUCAGAUAAAUUUUGGGCUUCCAUAGAACCGUAUUGUACAAAUGUAAAUAGGGACGAUGUUGCGUUUCUCGAUAGUUUAAUCCAGGAGUUUUCUAAAGAAAUUGACAUUAAAAUACCUGACGUAGGUGAACAUUAUGCCAGUAGUUGGACGGAAGACAUUAUUAAUGAUGGACAAAAAUCGCCAUCUAAGAAAUCAUCCACCAAUAAUGAUUUUAAAAAAAAUGGACUUCAUACGAUGGUUGAAACCUUUUCAACACCUCAAACUCAGAGGCUUUUAGCUGCUCUCAUAGAAGAGAGAAUCUUAAACACUCUUCCAAAAAAUGGCGAUAAUGGUGCUAUAACAACAAAAUUGAAACUUUCUGAUUUAACAAAGAUAAAAACUUCCUCUUCGAACCAAAAAGUCGGAACCUGUUUGGAUAGGCGACUGAAGAAGGAGCUAGUAGAACAAGGGAUCCUCAGCUUGGAUGAUUUAUCCAAGAAUAUGCCUGAAGAUGAAAUUUUAACAGAAAUAAAGAAGUGUCAACAAGAACUGGCCACAGUGAAUGAAUAUAAUCUAGAAGAAUUGAAUAAGUUAAAAGCAGAAGUGUGCAAUGACCUGCACUCAAAUGAAUUGAAAGAACAACUGGAAAAAAUAGACAAAGAGGUGUUGGAUUUAUACAAUAAAAUAAUGAUAGCAAGGAAAACAGUGCAACAAGACGACGGCGAAGAAAUUACCAAAGAAUUUGAGGCUCAAGCAGAUGCCUUAUUAAAGAGACAAAUUGAAUUAAAUCGUGAAAUAAACGGUUUGACGGAUAUGCAAAUGUUAUACUGAUGGUUAAAUUCAAUAUAAUUUGGUAGUCCGGUGUGGUUGGUUAAUCAGCUAAUGCAGUAAAUAUACAUACUGGAAAUUCAUCUGUAAUACCAUAAAAUGUAUUUACAAGCAUUAGCUGAAUUAAUUUGUCAAAUAUGACACACACCCCGGAUUGCCUAAUUAUAUUGGCCAAAAGAGGAAUGAGUGAUUUAUUUAUACAAGUAAUAAGUUAUGUUUCAUUAAGAAGUAUGGUUAUUUACACCACAUUAAAUUUAUCGUAUAUAUCAUACAAUUUUCAUUUGAAAAAUAAUUUUAUAUUUUCGUGUGGUACUGAUAACGUACGAUCAUAUUUGAUUCUAGAAUUCCCACAUUUGAUAAAAUAUUUAGAAUGUAUGUGCACAAUUAUGUAUAUAUUAGGCACAUUUAUCAAAUUGAGGGUCGAUAGGUACGUAUCUGUAAUUAAAAUAUACAGUAAACCUAUGCAAGUCUAAAUUAUGUUAAAUAUUUACAUUAUAUUUUUAUUUUUUUUUAUACAGACAUCUUUUUUAAUUAUAAAUUGUGUAGGAUAUUCUUUUCAGUUUGUAUAACGGGCUUAGAUUUACUGUAUACCAUUUAGUACUUACUAAAAUAUUACUAUAAUGCCUUAACUUUAUAGCAAUUGAAACUUUUUUUUUAGUUUAAUUGUACAUACUUUUUACGAAUGUUAUUUAUUUUUACAUACAUAUUUGUGGCAUUGCUUUUCAAUUUAUUUCAGAUAGUUCGAAGUGUGAUAAAAUUUGCAGGUUUAUCUAAUUUUUAAUCAUAUUUUGGUAUUAAUGAAUGAGAAACCGAUUGAAA